GUCUGAAAGAUCCCUUCUCUACACUUGUCCCCCCGUCUCCAUUCUUUUGUUCUCCAUCUUAUCUGACCUGACCUGACCUGGACACUACGUGCACACUGCUCCUGCACCCGUACCAUCCGUCGUCAAGUCAUCGCCCAUUCCGCCCUCCAGUCCAGCCUGAUCCCACCCACCAACAACCUCCACCCUAUCCCAAUCACUCCUUCUCCGGUUCCACUUCUCGUCAAUCUCGUCUCAUCGGUCCUCGAGCCACCCCUUCCCGCCUGGACCAACCUCCUGUUGGAACACCUGCUGCUACUGCUGCUGUGCUGCUGCGACGACUGUCCACGGCCAUUGCUUCUGCAAAUGGUCGUCCACGAGACCAUAGGUCGAGUCUGCCGCCGACUACCAAGCCCACGAUCCCUCGAGAGGAGACCCACCCACAGGCACACCGAGACGAGAUCCCAUCCAAAGAACGUGGCUUGACGGCCUCAACACUCUCACCAUGGCGAUUGCCAUGGGCUGGCGAAAGCCAGACAACGUCGCCGGCUCUUCCGCCCCGGCCAUCAUGAUCGGCAUCUUCGUCGCAUCCGGAGGUCUUUUGUUUGGUUAUGAUACAGGGACGAUUAAUGGCAUCCUCGCGAUGGCGGCUUUCAGGGACCAGUUCUCGACCGGAUACAAAGUCCACAACGUUUCUGCGCUUACACCCUCCCAGACCGCCAUCAUCGUUGCGAUUCUGAGCCUUGGGACGGUGUUAGGAGCCCUACUUGCCGCCCCUGUGGGCGACUACUUUGGAAGACGCAAGUCACUGAUAGCUGCCGUCACCGUGUUCAACUUCGGAUGCAUAUUCCAGGUCUGUGCGCAGGCGAUACCGAUGCUACUGGCUGGAAGAUUCUUUGCUGGCGUCGGUGUGGGCGUGAUAUCUGUCCUUGUGCCCAUCUACCAGGCUGAGAUGGCACCCAAAUGGAUCAGAGGAACCCUCGUCUGCUUUUACCAACUGUCUAUCACCGCUGGCCUGCUCACGGCCUCUGUCGUCAACAUGCUCACCAAUGAAAUGGACGGUGCGGCCGCAUACCGGAUACCACUCGGCCUACAAUUCACGUGGGCCGUUAUACUCUCACUGGGUCUCUUUAUCUUACCCGAAACACCUAGAUUCCUUAUCAAACGUGGACAGAAGGACGCUGCCGCCAUCUCGCUGAGUCGCCUGCGUCGCCUGGACCGGCUGCAUCCGGCACUGGUCGAGGAGCUGGCCGAGAUUGAGGCGAACCACGAAUACGAACUGGCCCUCGGGCCUGACACUUACAAGGACAUCAUCAUGGGCACGCCGCAUCUCGGACGGCGGACCCUGACAGGAUGUGGUCUUCAGAUGCUACAACAGCUGACGGGUGUCAAUUUUAUCAUGUACUACGGCACCACUUUCUUCACCGGCGCUGGUAUCUCGAAUUCCUUCCUCAUCAGCAUGAUCAUCAACAUCGUGAACUUCCUAUCCACCUUUCCGGCCCUCCUCAUCAUUGAAUCAUGGGGCCGUCGGAAGGUCCUCAUUGUCGGCGCCAUUGCCAUGGCUGUCUGUCAGCUGAUUAUCGCUACCUUCACUAUCGCUGCCGGCGAGUCGAUGAAGACCACGGCCCAUCAGCUCCUCGUGGUUUUCAUCUGCGUCGACAUCUUCUUCUUCGCAGCAUCGUGGGGCCCCGUCACCUGGGUCAUCACCUCCGAAAUCUACCCUCUCAAGGUCCGAGCCAAGUCAACCUCCGUGUCGACAGCAUCCAACUGGUUGCUCAACUUUGGCAUCUCGUACGGUACGCCCUAUAUGGUCGAGGAGGGUACAGGCUACGCCGACAUGGGCACCCGAGUGUUCUUUGUCUGGGGUGCCUUCUGCGUUGUGGCUGCCUUCUUCGCCUGGGCCUUCGUGUAUGAGACGAGCAAGAUCAGUCUGGAGCAGAUUGACGAGAUGUAUGAGCGGGUGUCGCAGGCGUGGAAGAGUGAACAAUUCGAGCCCAGCUGGAGCUUCCAGCAGAUGCGCGAUCUGGGCUACUCAGACUCCGGAGUCGGCCAUCAGAGGCGGAAACGGAUCAAUCGUUAA